AAAGUGCUUCAACCGCCGUCAUGAUGGCAGCCAGCGCAGAGUUUCCGGCGAUACUAAAUAGAGCCAACCUUUGGAUAAUUCGCUGUCUGUAGACAUUUAGUUUCGAGUUAUCGCCUUCGGGCGCUCCGGUAGCUUAACUCCAAUCUCCGCAUACACCUACUAGACUGGUCAGUAUAUAUAUGAAGGGGCCAACUAUUUGCUGAAUGAUUUAUCACCCACUGCCGCCAAGACCGAUCUGAUCCAUAUUCGAAGUCCUCAAAGUACUCGAAGUUUUCAAUUGCCCACCCUUCGCAAAUAUGGCCCCUCUGUAUCAGAAAGCCCUCAUCAUAGGCGCCACAUCCGGCAUUGGCGAAGCCCUCGCCGCGAAGCUCCUCUCAACCGGCACCUCCGUGAUCAUAACCGGACGACGUCAAGAUCGCCUCGACGCCUUCGUCUCCCAGCGCUCCAACUCCUCCACAUCCGAUUCCGUCACCCUUUCUGCGGUGCCCCUCGACAUAACCGACCUCAACUCGCUCCCCACCUUCGCCUCCUCCAUUGCAAAAGAGCACCCCACCCUCGACUGCAUCAUCCUCAACUCCGGCAUCCAGCGCGGCUUCGACUUCGCCCGUCCCUCGACCGUAGAUCUCGCCACCUUCGACGAAGAGCUGACAACAAACUACAUCUCGUUUGUGCACCUGGUGACUGCGUUCCUCCCGCAGCUGCAAAAGACGGCCAAAGAGGAGGGAAAGGAAACCCAUCUCGUCUUCAUAGGCGCCUCGCUUGGCCUCGUGCCAUCCUUGGUGCGCACGCCGGGGUACAAUGCCAGUAAGGCUGCUCUGCACAGCUGGAUCAUGAAUCUGCGGCAGCAGCUCAAGGAUAACGGGGAUAGCAUUCGCGUGGUCGAGGUGUUUCCGCCGGCAGUGCAGACAGAGCUGCAUGAUGAAAAACAUCAGCCUCAUUUGAAGAAUGGCGGGGAGAUCGGGAUGCCUCUGGCCGACUUCAUUGAUCAGACGUACACCGAGCUAGAGAAAGGGGACGAGCAGUUCGCCAUUGGCCCUGCUGCCGAGUGGCUCCAGUCAGGCUUCGAGGCCGAACGACAGAAGAUGUUCCAGCAGCAGCAAGGCGCCAUCAAGACAGCUUUGGCGAAGUAUAUGAAAUAGUUGGCGCUCGCAAUUUGUAG